AUGUCAUCCGUGAAAAUUAUGGAAGCAAAAACGCACGAGGAAAUUGCAACCUGUCGGCCAGUGAUCCAAGUUCUACGUCCGCACGUCGUGGAAUCCACAUUCGUGGACCGUGUGACGCAACAGCAAAAAGAAGAAGGCUACCGACUCCUCUACAUCCGCCAAGACGCUCUCGGCGUGUGUGCCAUUCUCGGUUUUCGUGUCCUCAACUUUCUUUGGUCAGGAAAAACCAUGUACAUUGACGACUUUUGCACGCUCCCUUCCACUCGGGGCAAAGGUUACGGCGGGGCACUGCUGGACCGUGCUGCAGAAAUCGCCAAGGAACUCGACUGCGAGGGAGUGUCCCUGGACUCUGGAUACACAAGAAACGAUGCUCAUCGUCUCUACUUGAAUAAAAAAUUCAAAUUGGACGAACAUCAUUUUCACAGAUCUUUGACAGAGGAUCAGUGA